CAUAUAUUGUUAAUAAAUUUCACAAACUUUUUUCGUCCGUUUGUUUUAUAUUUUCUUUGUCGGUGUUAUGUAUUGGCUGCCUAGAGCACGAGUUGCAAAUAACGUUUAUUUUUGCAUUGCAUGACAAUAAAGGGUAAGAUCGAGAAAAUAAAAUAAUAAUAAUAUAUUAAAAGACAACUAAAAUGCAAUAUUUAUUUACAAUUGAAAACAUUUCUAUUUUAUUUCUGAUAAUUUCUUAUUUUAUUGUGAUAACCGUACAAGGACCUUUAGUUUGAAGUUCCGUUGACUUUUUGUAUCCUGAUUCACAGAAGCGCUGCGCGAUGCGCUGAACUUAUGUGGGGAUGAUUGCCCUUGAAAGCCAGUAACGUUAUCUACUCUAAUCAAACAUAAAGGAUAGACGCGGCAAAUAUGACGUCGUCAAGAUUAAUCCACAUCUCCCGUCUUCGUCUCUACGGGUGCCGUCGCGCAGGACCGAUGGUAAACUUCACAGUCGCGCGCCACGCACCGAUCCAACCUGCAUGCUUCUGCUCGGACCUUGCCUCGAGAAAAUACAGUCCGAUCUACACCUUUCCGGCUAUCAAGAGCCUCCGGGCGCUUUCUAGACUCAAGCUGAUGCAGACGGGCAUCACUGUCAUCUUACUGCCCGCGGUGUAUGUCCUGUACCUGCAGGGCCAGGCCUCAGUGACCCUGCUGAGUUACUCCACAGGCAUCGCCGCGUUUGCCGGCCUCAUGCUCUACUCCAUAAGCAGCUACGUGAGACGAGUGGUGGGCAUGAUGUAUCUGGACUCAACGCAGACCGUCUUAAAGGUGUCUCACCUGACCUUCUGGGGUUUCAGGCGGGACGUGUACCUGCCCGUGUCGGAUGUCAUGACUCUGGGAGAUUCGGGGGAUAAAAAAGGAGAGCCGAUCCUGCGUUUAAAGCGCUAUAGCUGUUCUGAUACAAUGUACUUCUCUACCAGACUGGGACGAGUGGUGGACAAAAAUGCGUUCGAGAAAGUAUUCGGGAGUUUGUCGUGAGGUCGCGACGCCUCUGUUCCUUUUGUUUUUUCGCGUCAUGUGACAUUAGACGCUGUUUUGGAAUUUAAGUGACGAAUAAAGAUGUUAUGUUAAA